CCGGUCUAUCCAUUUCAGGCGGGAUUGCGGCGGAAAGAGCUCGGUUUCGCAGCCGGCUGCCCAUGCCCCCAGCGCAAGCGACCGUCGACUCGUCGAGUGUAUGUGGGAUGCAACGCCAACUGGCCGUGCGACGAUCCUGGUCGUCAUUCGCGCUUGACGCCAGGGCAGCAGCAUUGGACUGAAAACUCCCAGCGCAUGUCGCGGCCCGUGCGCAUGACGCGGCCCGUGCGCAUGCCAGUCGCAGCAGGCGUUCAGCUGGCAGAUGUGGCUUAA